CUUUUAUCCACUUUAAUGGCAAUGGCAUGAAAUAACGUUACACAGCAUGGGUUGGAAUCACUCCGCCGUAACGGCGACCGGCGUUGGUGUGAACCGGGAAUGCCGGCUCCAUGUCGGCUUGUUGUUAUUUAGGUUAGCCAGUUAGCUAGCGAGCAGCCUGCCUCUCAUCGCUUUACUGCAGGCGUAGAGGAAACAACUAACCGCCAACUGGUCAAAGUCAAAUGAGUCUUUAAGUUACCUCAGUGUUUUUACAGUGCACAAGCUGGCAUUCUCUCAGGACGAACACAGCGGGCAAACUUGCAGGAUGUGGUAGCGGAUGUAGUUAGCAUCAGGCCUGAAUACCAACACACUCCCUUCCCUCCUUCCUCCCUAGCUGCCUCUGGAAUAGAGCCCUUCUCCUCUUCCAUGAUCACAAUGGAGUCCACCAUGAAUCCGCUGCCUCCACUGCCUCCGCUACCAGAAAACUCAUACAAAAUGACUGAGGAGGAUGUCAAGAGGCUGAUUGAAUUCCGGGCCUCCAACGAGGCUCUUUUCACAGGGAAAAGGAAUUCUGCCAAGAUAGCAUGGAACACCAUUUUAAAAGGAUUGGGCCUUCAAGGGAAGCUGACAGCAGACCAGAUCGCCAAAAAAUGGGACAAUCUGAGGACAAAAUACAAGGACCUGAAGCAGCCCUACCAGGGCCAGGAGAGCAUGGGGGGAGCCGUGGACUCCUGGCCCUGGUUCCACAUCAUGGACGAAGCCAUGCAGGGUCGGCUCUACAACAGCAACCUGGUCCUGAGUCCAGACACGGUUCACAACGCUGCUCACCGCACCAACGACCAGGUCAGCCAGAACCCGGAGAACGCCGACAUCCUGGAGUUCCUCAUCAAAACAGAGAUGGAGGAUACCGUGGCGGCAGAAAGCACAGAGGAUGACGGGACGGUCCACAGCGAGGCUCCUCCCACAGAGGGAGUUCCUAUGGGCUGGAGGAGGAUGUCUGAAUGCACAUAUAAAAUGACAGAGCCAGAAACAGAGAGAAUGAUCAAACUUCGAGCAGCUAAUGAAGCACUCUUCACCGGCAGGAAGCACUCAGCCAAGCCAGCCUGGAGAGCUAUUCUGUAUGAGUUGGGUCUUCAGGGUAAAGUGACCACCGACCAGUUAGCCAAGAAAUGGGACAACCUGAAGAGGAGAUACAAGGAGCUGAAAUUUCCAGCUCGGGGUGUGGAGACGAACCCAAACUCCUGGCCCUGGUUCUACAGGAUGAAUGACGCCAUGGAGGGCCGUUUCGCUGGCUCAGCGCCCAUCCUCACACCCAUUGUGGAGGAUGGAGAUGAGGAGUGUGAGCCCUCGCCACCAGCGCCAAGGAAACGAGCCCGCCGGAGCCGAGGGGGCAUGGCUGAGUUCCUGACGGAGUCGGAGAUGGACCUCCUGGUUGACAAUGAAGACAAGAACGGAUCCACAGCUCUAGGAGACCUGCACCGGAUGACCGAGUUCACCUACAAAUUAACAGAAGAAGACACUAGGCGGCUAAUUGAGCUACGGGCUGCAAACGAGUCUCUCUUCACUGGGAGGAGGAACACUGCCAAGCCAGCAUGGAGGGGAAUAGUGAAGGAGAUGGGUCUGACAGGCAAGAUAACUCCUGACCAAGUCGCCAAGAAGUGGGACAACCUGAAGACCAAAUUUAAGGACCUGAAGUUUCCUCCGCGGGGGAUGGAAGGCCAGAAUAGCCCUGCCUCCUGGCCCUGGUUCCAGCUAAUGACUGAUGCUCUGGAGGGCCGACUGGCAGGAAAAGCUCCUAAAGUGACGCCCCUCUGGACCAACGAGGAGGACAACGUCUUCGGCUCAUCUCCGCCGCCUGAUAGAGAUUGUUUACUGGCCGAGAGGAGCAGCGUCUCAGAGCUGGAGAGCAUGGUGGGCGGAGACAGCGCUGAGGCUGAUGGGAAUGUUACCUACAUCGACGCCAGUGGGGAGGAGUGUUCGACGCCCUCUGACCUCUCUUACAAGAUGACAGACCAGGACACCAGGAGGCUGAUUAAACUACGAGCUGCUAACGAGGCGCUGUUCACUGGGAGGAGGAACGCUGCCAAGGCUGCCUGGAAGGCUAUCCUGAAGGAACUGGGACUGCUAGGAAAGGUCUCAACCUACCAGAUGUCAAAGAAAUGGGACAAUCUGAAAAGGAGAUAUAAGGAUCUGAAGUAUCCUCCAGUAGGGAUGGAGAGUAUGGCAGACAGCGCCUCCUCCUGGCCAUGGUUUCAUCUGAUGAACGAAGCCAUGGAGGGGCGCCUCGCAACCAGCGCCCCGCUCCUCACCCCUGUCACUCAGGACGACGAUCAGCAGCCUGACCCCGCCCCCAGACACAGACUGCGGCCCCCUCCCCCCUCUUCCUCUACGGACUACGCACAGGAGUCGUUCAGCGACGCCACAGACCAGUGCCAGCGGACCUCAGACCAGUGUGACGGAUCACUGGGAGGACUGGAGAGGGAGUGGGAGAUGGUGGAGAGAGAGAGGGCAGCACUGGAGAGAGAGAGGGAGAUGGUGGAGAGAGACAGGGCGGCUGUGGAGCGAGAGAGGGCUGCGGUGCAGGCGGAGAGGCUGUGGUUGGAGAGAGAGCGAGCGGCGGUGGAGCGAGAUCGAGCCAUAGUGGAGCAGGAGAGAGCGGCGCUGGGACGAGAGAGGGAGGUUCUGGACCAGCGAGCCUUGAUGCUGAACUCUGUGGGACACUCCGGACACCUCAACGCCCUCAUGUAGACACCCUGACACAAUACAGUGGUUGACUACCCUUGGGUUGUAGACAGUUUGGUUCAGUUUGAGUGUUCAGGUUAUUCAAACGGUGGCUAUGAAGCCUGGACGUGAAUCUACAUUAAUAUACACUAUGUACAUCCCGUACAUCAUCUACAGUAUGGACUUACUCCUCAUCCUCAUUCAGCCUGCACAGACUUUGGCUCCGCACCGCUGAUUUUAGACAUUUGGAAGCACAGAAGCUGCUUUUAACAAUGAUGGAAGCCUUAAGAUACACAGUAAAAGUGUGUCGUAUAGUAUCGUAAGAACUGAGAUGUGGUCAGUGGCUUAAGCCGUACAGUUCUUCUUCAUGAAUGCAAUAACCAUGUUAUGUCAUUCUCCAUGAAGGUAAUAUGGAGCCACACAGCCAAACUCUGAAUGUGCAUAGAUCAUCACAUUUAUCGAUUUGCAGCAUCAAUGUGAAAUGUUUUGACAUUUUCAAAACAGCUGUAUUUACAUGUAUAUUGUUUAAAAAAAAAAAAAAAAGAAAGAAGAAGAAUGAUUGCUUGAGGAUUGGUCUUAGGAUUUAACCAAAGCUCAUCUGUUUGUAAUGUGGCAAAUUUUUCUAAGGACCACAGCCUGAUGAGAUGUUCGUGCAUUAGCCCUCAAUAAACGGACCAGAACCACUACUUAGUAUAUUGAUUAUGUCUCACAAAGCAGAUGACAUGACUGCUGGUCACCAUGGGAACCUGCUGCUUAUACAAGACCAAUGGGGUUAUUGUAAUAGGGUCAUGUGACAAAGCUUUGUUGGCCUGGAUUAAUCCAUCCAACGUUCCUAUUGGAGUGGAGUGGAGAGGAGGAGGAAGAGGAGGAGUUGUGAUUGUAUAGUUCUGACACCAGACUAAAGGCUGCUGAUACUAGUGUUGUCAUGGUAACUGAAAUUUCACUGUGGUAAAAGAUUUGAUAAAUUUUUUUCACCUAUGAGCUGAAAUUCAUUUUCAGGGAUACCUCAAGAGGGUGUCAAGUAUGGAUUGGUAUUCUUUAAAAAUAUAUAUAUAUAUAUACAUAUACUGGGAUUGGAGUUGACAGACUAGCAGUUUGGAUUUGGUAACAAAGCCAAAUUUUGGUUUCAUGACAGCCCUAGCUGAUGCUAAUCAAUACGCUGAUUAGCUCGUUCACAGUAGAAGCUGUAUUGUAAAGGAAAUUCACUGCACUGUUCCCAUUUGUUGCUUCCCCAUGUAUCUCACACUAACUUAUUUUUAUACACUGUAAUAAAUAAUGUAAAACAUUAAUAUCA